GGAGAGAAAAGAGAGACAAGCUUACGCUGGGAAGGGAACACAAACGAACGAAAAGAACGAAGAAAUCAGCGGAAUUUCUGUAGAUCGAUCGAUCUACCAAAGGAAGGAAAAUGCCAGUGAGAGUGGUGGAGAGCUCUGCACCUUCUCAAGUUUCAGGUGGGAAUUCUGGAAACACAUGUCCCCAGCCCUGUACACUUUUGAGUGUUGGACAGGCCUUCUCUGGCACUCAGAAUGUUUCUAGCCUACAGAAGGAUGAGGCUUGGCGAGUCAAUGUCCGCAUUCAAGGAUGUGACCUUGAUCACGGUUAUCUCUGCGGCACUAUGGAGGCUCUUAAUGUUCCAAUGGCGGACACACCAGUAGUGACCUUCUGGGAAGGGGAGAUAGUAGAUACCAAGAACUACACGUUUUUCACUGGUAAAUGGGAGGCAACGCCGGAGGACGAUAUAAGACAUUGGAGCAAGUUCCCAUCCUUUUCACCCCUUCAGAACCAAGUGGAGGCUGAUGGUGGCAAAUCCUUGGACCUUAGCAAUUACCCCUACAUAUUUAUGAGGUGGAAAGAGCUAUACUUCGUAAAUGUCGGAACUGACUGUGGGUUGACUAUUGCGGGAUUUUACUAUGUAUGCUUCUCGUGUAGUGAUGGAUCCAUCAACGGGUUCUAUUAUGACCCCAACAGCAGCCCGUUUCAGAAGCUUGAACUGAAAUCCACCAACGAGGGAAGACCAGGCUUCAGCUUUUCAGCAUACGAACUGCAGUAAAUGGGCACGCAUUAUGACCUUGGAAUGGAAAUUUCACAUGCAUAAGUUUUCACAAAAGUAGAUACUUAUCAUGAACUAUGAAGGUGCUCCGAUCUUUCUGAUGUAUUAAAAUUUGUCUGUCCUGGUGCAUGUUUGUGAUAAAGUAAGUAGGUGAGCAUCACAGCAUAUUAUUUUUCCAGCUGUGAGAAUGCAGGCCGGUUGAAGAUUUACCAUGAGGGAGAGGGCCUAUAAUUAUUGUAACCUAAUCUUCAUGGAGCAAUCUUCAUCCGGUUUCCGCGAUAUCGGACAUCCUCUCCUUAUCUUAUAUUUCGUUUCGGUUGUGAUAUCUACAUUUAUAAUAUGCAAUUGUAUCAUAUUUUGUCUAGGUGGAGGAUAAUUUUUA